AUGAAUCGCAUUCAUCCACCACCCGCGAAACCGAACAAGACUCGGCAGCUGCCUCCAAACACGAUGAAGCCGCAUGCACAACCGAACACAGCUCCAAUCAGCAAUGGUUAUGUGCCCAGCUACGUGCCCAGCUAUGUUCCGCCGCCGGAGCCGCCCAAACCCCCACCGGCGCCGCAUGUAGAGGUAGAAAACAACGUCGAGAUUCCGGAGCAAAUCAACGUGGAUGCGACCUCAGCGUCGAACACGGUGGAACGGAUAAUCGCAAACGCCGCCGUCCUCUUCCCGGGAGCGUCGGUUAAAGUCACCACUGCACUUGCUCCUCCUAGGCGAUCCAUUGGUAGUAGUCUUACCUUUGGCGCAAAUGUCUGCCAUGCGCUGCUCGUUGCGCCGAAGAACGAAGAGCGUGCUACAAGUCGAUAUAAAGUGCUGAUAAAGGGGCCGGGAGUGUCAGGCACUAGGGAUCAUCCCGCGGAGGGACGACGGCAAGCUAUUGCUGGCAUGCUUGAGGAGUUGGAACGCAGGGUUGGCAAGGAAUUGCUUGGGCCUGGAGCCUGA